AUGAGAGACUCCCUCUCCACUCCAGAUUGGCACUGGCGCACCCACUCAUCCUACCAACACAUUGCACCCCCGACUACCUUGACCGCCGCCAAAUUCCAAGAAGUCACCAACCUCCUCCUCGCCAAUCCAAACCUCAACUCCUCCCACCUCUUCCGCGCCGACAUCGUCUCUGACUCCGCCAGCCAGCUGAAGACGCGGGCGCAGCAGGAGGAGGCGCUCCUUCAUGCAGCCGAUGCAUCUAGCCUAUCAGGCGGGGACGGUGCCGUACCCUCGUACACACCAGUGCCAGCUGUAAAUGGCGUGCAACCACACAGGACAGUCGUGCGGCGAUUGAUCCCGCGAAACCAGAAUCUGGAUCGGGCACUAGAGCAGACUUGUUUCUUCUACGAGAGACUGGAGGGUGGUGCUGAGGUGGUGGUGUAUGUGCCGCAUGCGGCUAGUGAGGGCGAUAUGCCAUGGUAUCAUCCGAAGGUGCGGGCUCUCGCAUAUGUAUUUGCGCCGGGGGGAGCAGGUGGCUGCGAGGAGGCAGCGGUGAGCGUGUGGUGGGUGCCUUUUGAUUCAGAGCAGAAAGGUGUGGGGCCGGAAGUGCCGCAGCGACUUCAUCGGACGCUGUUGGCGCUUGGAAGCACUUUUAUGAGGCUGGUGCGCUACGAUUCACAAGCACAUAGCUCAGCAUUUGUCCCGGCAUCUGAUUCAACAGCCACUGGCUCGGACAGGGACCUUGGCCUCGACCUUGACCUCCGCCCCACCGCCAUCAAAGAUACCCUUCUCCCGCAGCAUACCGUCCAGGACACUUACGCACGCCUCAAGACCGCUUACGCACCGCAUCUCAUCGCCUCCUGGGUCGAAAGCACGCCGCCAGAGAAGCAUGUCUUUGAGGAUCUUGCUAUCGCCGCAUUCCUACUAUGCCUGUGGCAGAAGAUGUACGGCACUGCUCAAAGUGAGAGAUGGAAGGGAUUCGUGGAUAUCGCAUGUGGGAAUGGACUGCUGGUAUGGAUUCUGAAUCGGGAAGGUUGGAGCGGACGAGGCGUGGAUGCGCGGAGGAGAAAGACUUGGGGUGCCCUGGGCUUAGAAGGCACCGAUCAUACCCCUGCAACCGUGGAGGAAAGGGUCAUUGUGCCCCGGCCGUUCCUCGACGAGCUGGAAGCGGAAGCAGACGGACACUCCCCCAGCGGAUGGGUGCUACGCGACACGGGCAUGAGAGUCCACGACGGCAUCUUCGAGCCAGGCACCUUCAUCAUCUCCAACCACGCCGACGAGCUCACAACCUGGACGCCCCUCCUAGCCGCCCUGAGCUCCCCAGCCUCCCCCCUCCCCUUCCUCAACAUUCCCUGCUGCAGCCACGCCUUCAGCGGCGAGAAACACAGAUACAACCCCAACGAAGUGCGCCUGGGUCCCGUAGCAGGAAACACUAAGACACAGAACGGCGACGACAUCGAGGACCAGCAGCAGCAGCAAAGCCAGCAAGGCGACCUCAAGGCCCUAAGAGUAAAAAGACUGAAGGAGCGCAGCGGCGCCGACGACAAGAGCAUGUACGUGUGCCUGACGAAGAAGGUGGUGCAGCUGGCGCGCGAGUUGGGCGUGCAGACGACGUGCACUUUGAUGCGGAUUCCGAGCACGCGGAACAUCGCGGUUGUGAAUCUCGGUGGGUGGGAUAAUGGGGUUGACGUAGAGACUUCAGGGAAGGAGUGGGGGCGGCGGAAGGCGCACGAGCUUAUCGAGAGGGAAUGCGCGAGGAGCGGCGGCUUGAAGAGGAGUGCGGAGAUUUGGGUGGAGAGGGCGCGGAAGCUGCAUAGUGGGCAGGGGAGGGGGAAGGUGAACUGGGGGCGGAAGAUGGAGGGUGGUGAGAAGGACGCGCGAGUCCAGACGGAGCACGGGGAGAUGGGAAGCAGUACUUGUCAGCAGGAGAAGGUCUACACUGAGCCGGAAUAA